GAAAAGAAUGGAGAACAUAGAUGUAUUUAUCAUGGAUCCAACUUUUAUUGACCUCCUAGUGUAUGACCUUUGGUUGCAAGGAUUCUCUGGUUAGUAGCUGUCAAUAAAUCCAAAAGCAAUCUAUUUGUUAUUUGAAAAUAAAUGAAAUCUAAUGUUACUCACUUUAUUCUUCUCUUAUUCCACAUUAUAAGAAAAAUAGUUUUCGCUAUAUCUGGCGGCUUGUAUAUGUUACCCAAGGGCCACAAGUUUAAAUCGUUGUCACUAAUUCUAAUUACUGUUGACUGUUACUAUCAUAAAAUAAAGUCUUUUACUUGCUUACGUAUUAAGGGUUUUUUAAUUUCGUCUUCAGUGUAACGUUUUUCAAUAUUUAUUUUUUUUUUUCGCAAAAAAGUCCCUGUUCCAUUCGCAUUGUGACUGAUCACCAAAUUUUGACCGAAAAUACAUUCCAGAAGGCCUUUAUCCGAUCUUGUUGAUGCAUUUAACACGAUGUAUUUGACCCAUCUUCGAACAGUACAUUGGGUCUACAAACAAAUGGGUAUUGUUUGGUUUUUAACAUUAUAGAGAACUGCUUUAAAGUCUUUGGUAAGAUUUCUGCACAGCCCCUUGCUAAUUGUUUAACAAAGCUAAGGUCACAAAGUUAUUCUGUUGUUUUUGCCAUUGGUUUCUUUAUCCAAGAACUGUAUGGAUAAUGAAGUAUGGGGUUGUAUGGUAUUCUUUCUACAGAGUCCUCUUCAUGACAGCCAAAUAAAUACAUAUUUUUCUCUCCCAUUAGAAAAUGAAGCAGCUCAAAGGAGAAAAUGUGAUGAGAAAUUCAAGAAUUUUGGGGCAUCUCAUGCCAUCAUCACAAGCGACACUCAGGAUCAGUUUCGACUGUUCUACAUGCUGGAACGUUUUCUUCAAUCUCCUCCAAUGCUUGCCAAGCAAAUGUUAUUGCAAAUAUCUCCAGAUGUUCAAGAUAUAUUAAUUGAAAGGCAUGUAACACCCAUUUUUUGUUGAUAGAUAUUCAAUUUUCUUGAUCUGAAUGAUCAAAUAUUACAUUCAUCUUUUCAGGGGGUAUACAUUUCUCUUGUUAACUAGCACAGAGAAUUGAGGUUUUUAUCAGGUAUUUAUUUUUAUAGGGGUUUCAAUAGCAACAGCUUUUGAUGCACUGGAUACUCCUUUGUAGUCUGACAUGAGAUAUCAUUAUACAUGUUUAUUGUUAACAGGUAUUAUCAGUUUGACAAGGAGGUAGUAAGGGAACUCUUAGGAAAAAAACUCACUGGACGUGUGCGCAAAGACUUGGACGAUGUCAGUGAGAAGACAAAUAUCCCCUUGAAGAGUUGUCGCCGACAGGUGAGUUGUUGACACAACUUCUUUUGUGUAAACUUAAUGUGAAAUAAUUAAAUUACAUUCACCUAGAUCUUAACUUUGAUAUGUACUGAUGAUGAUGAGGGAAAAGUAUGCAAUGUUGGCUGCAUUGUAAAGUGGUCUAAGGCACUGAUUUUAUUUUUAAUCUGCAAAAGCCGAGGACUUAAGUCUUCCUCUCUGAUAGCUAAAAUUCUGCAAGCCAAGUUUCUUACAUAUAGCCAGACCUUAUCAUGGUUUCUGUACCAUAAAUCUACUAGAAGUAUUGGUACCCCUUCCCUCUCUCCCACCCUUGAUGAGAAGCUGGCCCAAUUGCAUGUUGCCCCCAGAAAUUUCGUCAGCUUUCCAGACAGUUCAGCAGUACCCAUUAACACUCCUGGGUUGUCAGAGGCAUUGUGAGAAUAAAUUGUCAUGUCCAAGAGCAUAGCAAAAUGACCCUGCUAUGUCUUGAAUCUAGACCUGUUGACCAGCAGUCCAGCAUGUUAACUGUCAAGCCUCUGUUUCUCCACUGGUGCAUACGUGAACACCUUGUUCUUCACAUUUGGAACUUCAACCCAUUUGUUAAGCCAAAUGGCUUACAGUUACCAACUGGUAUUUUUUCAAAUUUACGUCUACUACUUACUCUAAUUGUUUAUUUGAUGUCAUCAAAUGGGAAGAUAGGCCAAUGCAUGUGGAUCUGUAUGGAAUUAUUUGAUUAUUUUUCUAACUUAUCUUUUUAAAUUGUCCUUAUUUUAUAUUAAAGUUCACACAGCAACCAAGUGGACAAUCAGACAUGGUUUGAUGCUACUCUGGUUGGUAAAGGGUGAUAAAGGCACUAGACAGGAGUGUCGAAACACUGGGUCUAUGAAUUGUAACUUCUUUGGUUACAUUCAUUAAAUCUGUAAACCAGAGUAGCAUCAAACCAUGUCUGAUUGUCCUUAUUUAUUACUAAUCUGAUUCAUGUAUGUGUAUUUUCUAGUUUGACAAUGUCAAAAAUGUACUCAGAGCAAUUGAAGAGACUGAAGGAGGAGGCCUUACAGACACUGUAAAGAAAUUGUUUCUUCUUUCAGAUUCAUUGGCAAGGUAAAUGUAAAACAAUUACACAGGUAAAUACACAACAAUUAUAAAAAUUACAGUAUUACUUUGCAACAAAUGAUGUUGCUGGGCAUGUCCAUCCCCCAAUUCCUGUUUACAUUAUACAGUAGGAUGAAUUACACUUAAACAAGCAUUUUCAUUGGUUGUUAUUUAUGAUCUUUCGGAAGACAGAUAUAUUGAUCACAUCACCAUAAACAAAUUUUUUCCUUUUCAUCUUGUACAGCAAAUAGAUUCCUUGUUGCCGUAGGUGUGUACAGUCACUGUAACAAAUCACAGAUGAUGUCAUAAUGUGCUCAGAACUUGACUGUGCCUUGUGAGCAACUUUUUUGUUCUUACCACAUUUUGAUGUCAUCUGUUAUUACUGAACAGACAAACAGACACAUGGAAUCUAUUUGUUAAAUAUAUACAAUUUUACUGUAUAAUAUACAUAUUCCUGCAGCCAGAAAAUAUCCAGACGAACAAACUUUCCCAUCCCAUGGGAUGUUGCUGUUAAGGUUUACGUCUUUACAAUGCUCAACUGCUCUGUAAUCUUAAUUUGCCUGUGUUUUCUUUAUUGAAGGAAAAUUUCUCAGUAGAGAAAACCUUUUUUGCCCUCAAGGGUUUCCCUUUGGUUUGAGAUUCUUUCAAAUGUGCAUUAUUUUACAAAUGGGUCAUUUAACUGUCUUUACUUUCGUCUUUUAACAGACAAUAUGCUUGUAUCUGCUUCAUGGCCAUCAACAAAAUUGAAACAGGAAAGAAAAGGUUAGUGUACAGGAAUGACAUGUCAAGUGACAACUUAAGGUGGUGAAGAUUGAAUUCAAAACACCAUAGAAUACAACAUUAUUAUUAUGAUUGUUGGAUUGUUGUAAUUUAAAAAUCUUCUUUCCUGCUAAUGUACAGAUUGUCAUAAAAUAAAAAUUUUGGGCACAGGUAAGAAACAAUGUUAUUUAUCCUUUUAACUCCCAGAAGUGACCAACAUGUAACUUCUCCUUAUAAUAUCCUUGCAUUUUCUAACAAAUAGUUAACAAGAAUACUAAAACUUAUUGGGAAGAAGUUUUUAUCUUGAUCUUACACCAAAUUCUCAUAACUUAUUUACAAGGAAUUGUGUAGCAGCAAGAGGAGAGAAUUUACUAAUCAGAUCUUGGGAGUUAGAGGGUUAAAUGUUAAAUCAUGCCUGUACCCUUAUUGUGAACCCUAGAAGUGGGGGGGGGGGGGCGUGUUGGAAAAGAGGAGUGGCUUCACAGAGAGAUGGCAGUACGCCUCUGGUCUGAGAAAAGUGCCCUUUUGUAGGGAGCCACAACUGUCUGAGAGGAACAGGUGCACUCUGAUAUAUGAAGAAAUUUCUUCUCACUUGACAGGCUUUCCUACCUUUCAUUUGAUGACCUUGUAUUCUGUGCAGAGCAGAUGUUAGAUCACUGGACAGUUGGAUCAGUAGAAGGCUCCACUGGUCAGUGUCUUUGAAAAUUGCUGACAAAAAUUUUUGUUAACUUUAAUUCUUUCAAAUGGAUUAAAUAUCAGUUGAUAAUUUAUGAAAGAUAGAGGUGAACUUUGUCAACACUAACCUUACUUUUGACCCUUGAACUCUCAUGGGUGACCAAGAUAGAAUUUCUCCUUACAAAAUCAUUACAGUGUCAAUCAGACAGGUAAUGAGAAUAAAGAGAAAUAUCAAUUUGGGGAUUAUUAGUUGAUCCAAUACCAAAUUCUCCAAACUAACAUGGUAAGAAUUGUGUGGUAGGCAGUAAGGAGAAUUAGAAAUGAAAUCUUAGGUAAAAGGGUUUACUGUAGGAUUAUGAGAGACCCAGGGCCAAAAAUUAGAUUUUUUAUUUCCUCUUACCUUUUGCUUUUUGUGUGUGCUUUUUAUCUAUUUUCUUCAUUCUUUUCAUUAUUUAGUUAUUUUUAUUUAUUUGUUUACUCACACUUUUGCAUUAGAAUUGUGCUAUUUGCUAGAAAACCCUUUGAAACCUGAAAAAAAUUUAAAAAAGUAACAGCUAAUAACAAUUUAAUUAUUUUUAUUAAAUUAUUUAUUUACCUGCCUUUUUUCAAUGAAAAAUUGUACUACUUACUAGAAAACUCUUCAAAACAAUAAAAAAGUAACUGUGAUAGAAGAAUAAAUAAAAAGAAAUAAAUGGAAAGUAAAGUUGAUUUAAUAACAACAGAGGUUAUUCUCUUUAUAUGAAUAUUUUACUGUUGUUGUUUGAGUAAACAGGGCCUUUUUUAGAACAUCAUUUUAGAUAAAUCGGUGUCAGUUUAAAGUGCUAAUGAUGGAAUUUGAAAAGCAUAUUAACCAACCUUGUUUAAGAUUUAAUGGUUUAAUCUAUUUUUUUCAUUUGACUGCUUUUUAUUUCACGUGUGCAUUGAUAUAAUGAUUCAUUUGUCCUGUUUUGUUCCACUGCUUUCUCUCUCAUUAAUUCACCUACAAGUACUAACAAAGCUUUAGAUUAAUUUUUAAUUUAUCACUAACCAUUCACAGAAUCAUGUCUACUACCUUUGUUCAAGGUCGUCAUCUGUAAGCAUUUUUAUAUUUUGAAGAAUUACAAAAUUUUUCUACUUCUUAAGUUCCGCCAUUUGCCAGAAUUCCUAGAAUGUGUGACGACAGUAAACCAGCUUUGAUUUAAGUGAAUGUAAGACAGGUAGUUUGAUUUAUUAAUCAGGUUUUAAGGCAUGACUAGUGCUUUUAAGUACUUAAAAACCUUUUUCCUGAAUUUUUUACUUUGUAUUUUAUAACAAGGAGGCAAAAGGAUUAUGUCUCCUUAGCAAUUUCAUCCAUCUUGGAAACCUCAGAGUUGAGGUAGAAUAAUUAUCAACAUGUAUUUAACAAAGAGGAUGAUCAUUUAAAUGCAAAGGAAAAAAUUAAUGAGAUAAAUGUUAAUUAAAAUUUUUUUCAAUACUAACAUUGAUUUACUUGAACACAAAACCACUGAAAGCCAAAAACUUUGUUACAAUGUGCAGUAAUUGCAAUAACCAAUAAAUUUGUUUUGGUUUUUUGUAUUUCACCUGAAUUUACUUGCUACAAGAUUUAAUUAGGAAAUUAGAAAAAAAUUUAUUUUUGCAAAACUGUACAUGCAAUUUUUCAUUCUUUUCUAAUUGAUAUUGAUGCAUUUGUGCCUCCAGUCAGUUAUUAUCCAGUUACCAUGUUGUUGUGCAGGAAUUUUUGUGCUUUCUAAUAAGGUUACUGAUUUUACCCUUGAAGUAACUUUUCUGCCACUCAUGGCACACAUUUCACUGUUUCCCUUGAGCUGAGGUAGGGAUAUCAUUAUAUGAUUUGCUGCCCCCUCACAGGGUGGUGGGUGGGGAGAGGGGAACUAGUGUCAUCUUUCAAUGUCACUGAGAGAGGAUGUGGCUCAAAGGUAUCCCACCCUCAACUGAUUGGGACAUAGUACUCAGGGAGGGGGGGGGGAGAGGAAGGGUUACCUUUUUAAUUACUAGCUGUAUGAGUGGCUAUCAUUGGGAUGCCAAAACCUCUAACUUAAACAUUCAUGAUUUAUUUGUGUUCAGCUGAUGUUGGAGAUACAGGUGCAGAGUUUGACAGAGGUUUCCUACAAGAGUUGAGAGACCUGAAGGUGUUUGUGAACGAUAAAGAGAUUGUGGAUGAGCACAGAAGGUUUGUUUGACAACUUUGUACAAAUUUGCAGUUGCCUUUUUUUUUUUCAAGAAAGUUGCUUUAAGUCUCAUAGGGUAAUGGUUUACAAGAUGGACCUCGAACAAUUCUGACUGCCAGAACUGAAAACUUUACUGUUUUUCUCAGUUUUUGAAAUACUGGAACAACAUCAGUUUGAGUAGAGUUACAACGGAUAAAAUUUUUGAAAUUUCAUGAAUUUCAAUAAUUUUGUGCACUUAGUUAUAAUAGGGAAAUGUUUUGUUUGUUUCAGCUUGGUUUGCAAUGAUAUAGCUAAGCGGUUUACCAAAAAGUUGGCUAAGUCUGUGGAGAACAAUUUCAAGGUACUUUGCUAGAUAUCUUUUUAAAGUUUGCAUCUCUACAAUGGUAAAAAUAUGUUUUAUUAUCAGUGUUGCCAUUACUCACCACCACUUUUGAAGUGGCAUUUGAGCAUCCCUUCGUCAUUAGGGAUUCAGCUGGAACGUUUCUUCGCCAGCGGCUAAGUAUGAGGCCUGGAGCGAACCGAGUCGGAAAGAGGUCUGGUAAGAGUCUGGUAACUAGCGUCGGACCCGAAGCAGACCUCGAAGAUUUGUUUUCGAUCUUCCCGCGGGCGGAGAGAUGCGCUUCCUGCAGCCCUUUGAUCAGCUUGCUGAUAAACAUUUAUCCCUUGUGUGGAGAGAGAGGGACAUUGUGUGGAUAGAGUAUCUAGCCUUUGAAUACAAGGCCAUGAUCAGGCCAAUUAAUAAAGGGGGUUAGUCUCUAAAGAAACGGUGGUGCUGCAUUGGCGGAAGAGUACAACAGGGUCAUUCAGUAUUGUCAACUGAGUUGAUAACGUAAAUUGGCCACCGUAAAGACUUUCAAAGCUGACGUUUCGAGUGUUAGCCCUUCGUCAGAGCGAAUGGCUCUAGGCCAGCAUUUAAUGACUAAUGACUUAUGACUAAGCCAGCAUUUUAAAUGAGGCAUCACCAUAAGGGUUACAUGUAGCGUACAGAAUUAAAUGAGCCAACGGAAAUUCCUAAUUUAAAUUUAUGCACAUUUCCUCUUCAUUCUCCCAGAAUGGGUAUUUCAGUGUUGAUGAAAUCAAUUUUAACAUCACUUGUGAUUGCUGCAAUCCGAUUGGCUUCUAGCAGUGACUUAAGUAGUUAAUCACAAAGUAACCAAUCAGAUUUCAGAAUUCUUAAUUGUGAUUUAUUCACGCAUCACAUUAUUAUUAUUUUUCGUAUUUUCGUUUGCUAUUGGAUCAGUGAACUAUCGGCUCUCACCAAUAUCCUGUUUUUAGGCGACUAAAUUGUGCGAUUUAAAAAAAUAGAUUUAGUAAUGUGAGAAUUGAACUUUUGUUUUGUGCAAUUUUUAGUCAGAAAUCUCACUUAUUAAUUCUUCUGAUAAACCUCAUUACCUGGCUAUGUUCAAUGGGCAUGUCACUUUUUCUUCAUACACACUGUACCUCUCUCUACACUGUAUGUAUAUUUACCUUAUAUAUUUUCUGUCUCUGUUUCUCUAUAGAAUCUCUGUCGAGGUCUCCUAACUAUUGCCGCCGGUCUUAUCCACAGUAAAGAAGUCAAGGAUGUUUUAAGUGACUUUGUAGAAAAGGUAUUGUACAAAUAAAAUAUAUUAAAGUUCACACGGCAACCAAGUGGACAAUCAGAUAUGGUUUGAUGCUACUCUGGUUUACACAGAAUAGCAUUAAACCCAUGUCAGGUAUUGUACAAAUUGUAGCCGAAGUUGUGGAUUUGACACGACUUUGCGAGACAUUUAUGACAAGUGCGAACAGCCUUACUGAAAGGAAAAUUGUCAAAAUCAAACGCAUCUAGGUAAAUGUAAAGUAAAAUCCAAUUCAUUCGCCAGAGUAUAUUCCGUAGUGCACCUGGAUGUAACGCCAGUCCAUCGCCAAUUACUUCCCCCACCCCUUCUCCCCUCUUUCCCCUUGAAAUUCCGACAAGUUUCCGCGCCUUUACUGUUGCCAGUUUUGUUAAUAUUAUUAACCCUUCAACUCCCAUAAGUGACCAAGACAGAAUUUCUCCCGACAAUAUCAAUACAAUAUCAACCAGAUAAGUGAUGAGAAUGAAGAGAUAUAUCAAUUUGAGGAUAAUAAGUUGUUCCAAUACUAAAUUCUCUGAACUAACAUUAUAAGAAUUGUAUGGUUGACGUUAAGGAGAAUUACAAAUUUGAUCUGGAAGUUAAAGGGUUUAUAUACACGCGAGUGACGAGGGACAUUGUUGGACUGUUGCGAAUUAAAUAUGUAAAGGAAAAAAAAUAACAAAAAACAGUUUGGAAUGAAGCUGCGGUGAUUUCACGGGCAACUCUUUGUGGACUGUUUUUCCGGAUUGAAAUUAUAAACUAGAUUUCUUUUUAGUAAUGUGUGCGUGUGCGUGUGCGUGUGCGUGUGCGUGUGCGUGUGCGUGUGCGUGUGCGUGUGCGUGUGCGUGCGCGUGCGCGUGCACGUGCACGCGUGAGCGUGGGUGUGGAGGGAAAAAAGGUGUAUUAGCAAGGACGAACUAACUACUAACUCAAUCCAGCGGUGACGUCAGUUCCAAACCCAGGCCACAGCUCUCAUCAUGAUUCCAUGGCUCUGCUCCCCAGAACGUCUUCUUUAGGUUUUUACUGUUUUUUUAAAUAUAUUUUUUGUUUUAUUUUUCUUCAUGUAGUUCAUUGAAUCGUGCAAGCAGCAAGAGUGGGAUGCGAAUGAGACGGACAUUUUCCUCGGCUCUUUGGUGGAUACCUGCGGCAAAUUGGAUUCUUUACACAGGUAGGUAAACUAUAUGAACGCUGAAUGUUGAAAAAUAAAAUAUUAUCGUUCUCUACACCACAGAAGCUCUCAAGAGAAUAUCUACUGUGCGCGAUGAGUGCAGGCGCAAAUCGAACGGGCGUUUACCAGAGAGUCUUCUGCGGGAUGAAAGACGCAACCAUCUUCGGACUUGGUUUUGAUUAUUUGUGUUACAUAACAGCAACAUGCCACCUCAGGCACCUUUUGAGAGCGAGGAAAAAUGUUUUAAAACAUUCCGGGUAAAAUUGCAGAUCUACGUACAGGGGAACUGUCUCGUGACCAAAGCGACCCUUGAAGUAUCCGCGCUACCUUGUCUCUGUGAAAAAGAAAGUAGUCAUUCGUCAGAAGGAAACUUUGAUGCAAACUCAUAUGCGUGUAUCUUUCUAUGUGUGCGUGUGUUGCGCAUGCAAAACGUGAGAAUUACACGCUUGUAAUGCGCAUGUAAUGCUGCGAUACACGAGAGCCGUGCUAUAAAAGAUAGCUUGGGUAGACAAACACGGAAGGAGUGAGACGAAGCAAAAAGAGAACGAAAAUAAAUAAGAGUGAAGAGGAUAUUUAACAUGGAUUUAUAUCAAUGACAUUGAUAAAUUGGCAAGAUUUUGUUUAGACACAUACACACUAUUUGACAGCUCUUUUGACAAUGCUUAUUUUUAAGUUAUUUUGAUCGUAAUCUUGGCUCUUUACUCUACAGAAGUAACUUGGAACGCUUGAUUCCAGUGUAUUCACGUUACAUGACCGUCUGCCAGAAUUGCAUCGUGAGAAUGUACCACGACUGAACGAAAAAUUCGACAUCUCAGAAUGCAGCAGGGCAAAAUACGUCCAGCUCCUUCCUACGGCCAAGGAAACCUGACAUGCAAGCACUUAAAAAUGGAACAGCGAGAACAGAGUGAAGGAGGAAUUAAUUCUGAAUGAAGAGAGGCACAACUGCUGGGAGACAUGUUUUGAUUGAAUAAUAGUCGACUCCCUGUCACAAAUUCAGCCAUUACAGCCAGGAAGAAAUCUUCGGGAUUUUAACCGAAAAACCCGGCAUCCAUAGCAAUUUAUGGUCAUGACGAGGCUUUGAAGAGAUCCGCUCCUGAAUAAGUUGCAGCCAAUUAGAGAAGUGCUUAAAAAGAGGUGCGGUGCCCAGAUGUAGUUCGGGGGCUCAGAUUUUAGUCGUGAUUUCCAACCGCUGACCGGGAAAUAAGCCCAGACUCCUCCCUUGAAAAGAGGGGAUUCUUUUCGAGUGGAUUGAAGAAAAGAAACGGCGAAGAUAGAGCCUAGUGGAAACAGUCGGACUAGACUAGAAAGAAGUCCCUCCCUUUUGACGCGGUCUGUCACGGGAGUCCAAAUAAUCAGCGGCAGACUCGCGCGACUGACUUCUCCGAAAAGGGGAGACUGUUGUUAGUCUCAAACCGGACUAAGAGAUUAAGCAACAAUAAGGGAUUUCUUACCCCGUUUAUUUGUUUAGUUUUGUCCUCAAGUUAGGUUACAAUUUCAAGGACAUGAAGUGAGGACAUGUAUCCUAAUUUUCAAUUUGUCGCUCGCUACCGAAGCCCGCUAUCCCACCGAGUUUACACUGAGGAGUAAUGAGUUAUAUAUUAAGGAUCACGGC